GUAGUUCCCAGCGUGUGUGAAGCAAUAAAGAAGCUUUUUGCUAAAAUUGCCAGUGUCUCCUGUGUGCUAAAUGGAUGGGGAAGCCUAAUCCUACACGCCAGAACCCCUAUUGUUGACCCAAAGACACGCGUGAGCCUGUAGGAAUCGGUCUUUCGCAUACUCUACCCCGGCCCCGGAACACGCUAUCUGAAAAACAAGGCCUAUGAAAGUCGGCGUGACUUUUGACAACACCAAAUGCCUUUUGUAGUCACUGGAACUGAAGAAUGACGAGAAGCAGUCAAGAUCGCUAAGAAAUACAGAAACAUCAAAGGAGGACCAAGGCCGCUAAAAAAAGGAACUGUUUCCCGCUGCACGCUGGGCGUUGUAGUCCAGUUGCAGCAAGCGGAGGCAUUCUGGGUGUUGUAGUUUUGUUGUUCAAAUCACCCAAUCCUUGGCUGCAGCGGCUAGGCGUCGAGCAGGGGCUGUUGGGAACUGUUAGGUGGCGCGCGCGCGCGGACGGAGGAAGGCGGUUGGCGUGUGGAGCGUUGUCAGCGAUAGGAGACAAGAUGACUGGGUCAAAUGAAUUUAAAUUGAACCAGCCACCAGAAGAUGGAAUCUCAUCAGUGAAAUUCAGUCCCAACACAUCUCAGUUUCUGCUGGUUUCAUCAUGGGAUACUACGGUUCGACUGUACGAUGUUCCAGCCAACACCAUGAGACUCAAGUACCAACACACAGGAGCAGUACUCGACUGUGCUUUUUAUGAUCCAACACAUGCAUGGAGUGGAGGAUUAGAUCGGCAAUUAAAAAUGCAUGACUUGAACACUGAUCAAGAAAAUCUUGUUGGCACCCAUGAUGCUCCUAUCAGAUGUGUGGAGUAUUGUCCAGAAGUCAAUGUGAUGGUAACAGGAAGUUGGGAUCAGACCGUUAAGUUAUGGGAUCCCAGAACACCCUGUAAUGCAGGAACAUUUUCUCAACCUGAAAAGGUGUAUACGUUGUCUGUAUCUGGUGAUAGACUGAUUGUGGGAACAGCUGGUCGGAGAGUUCUGGUAUGGGACUUGCGGAACAUGGGCUAUGUUCAGCAGAGAAGAGAAUCAAGUCUUAAAUAUCAGACCCGUUGUAUCAGAGCAUUUCCUAACAAACAGGGUUAUGUGUUAAGUUCUAUAGAAGGUCGUGUUGCAGUUGAGUAUUUGGAUCCAAGCUUGGAGGUACAGAAGAAGAAAUAUGCUUUCAAGUGUCACAGACUGAAGGAGAAUAACAUUGAGCAGAUUUAUCCAGUAAAUGCCAUCUCGUUUCACAAUGUCCACAAUACAUUUGCUACAGGUGGUUCUGAUGGCUUUGUAAAUAUUUGGGAUCCAUUCAAUAAAAAAAGGCUAUGCCAGUUUCACCGUUAUCCUACCAGCAUAGCAUCACUUGCCUUCAGUAAUGAUGGAACUACUCUUGCAAUAGCAUCGUCAUAUAUGUAUGAAAUGGAUGACAUUGAACAUCCUGAAGAUGGUAUCUUCAUUCGCCAAGUGACAGAUGCUGAAACAAAACCCAAGUCUACUUGACUUCUGACCAAGAAAACUUCCAUGUCUUUUCUUCACCUUUUGGCAAGACUAGCUUGAAGUAAAUCCUUUGAUGAAAUAAAUAUCUGUUUCCAGUAAUGCUUUCACUGAAAAUAGUGUUUGUAUAAUCAUUUAGUAUCAUUCUGUUCUGUUAGUUUGUACUGAGAGUGGUAUUUUCCUCUGAACAGUACAUUUUCUGUAAGCUCAUUCAUUGCUAUGAAGUGUUACAUUUUGUAUUUGAACUUUUGUACAGAUUUAAUAGUCAUUUAUCUCUCGGUUGAAUAAAUCUUUCAAAAAACCCUAA